GCGCGCUGACGGUACGCGCUGAUCAUCGGUCGUCAUGGAGCGUUUAGUGCUUAGCCGACGGCAAAUUCGAUCGGUUGUUGUAUGUUAUUUUGUUAUUAAUUAAUUUAGUUAACUUUAACUUUUAAAAUGAAUCCAUUCAUUAUUAACUCAUUAAUAUGUGCGUAUUAUUUACGCAAUCGACGGAAUAAAAAAAGACGGAGAAGAUAUCACGUCCACCCAGUAAUUGUAGACCGGCCAAUUGAAGGGGAAUUUUGUACGCUGUUUUCAAAAUUACGAGAUCACGAAUCAAAAUUUUUUGAUUACUUCAAAAUGUCUAUUAAAAGUUUUGACGAGCUGCUUGCAAAACUUGAAGAAUCUUUGAAGCGACAGAACACUUUUCGUAUUCCUGUGUCACCAUCAGAAAGAUUGGCCGUGACUUUAAGGUAUCUCGUAACUGGACAAAGAUAUAGUGAUCUUUAUUUUAGUUACCGUCUAGGUACGGCAACUAUCGGUGGAAUUAUAAAAGAAGUAUGUACAAAUAUUUGGGAUCUAUUUCAUGAAGAAUGCCUUUCGAUUCCGAAUACGACAGAAGGAUGGCUUAAAAUCGCUGCUGGCUUUGAAAAUAUAGCAAACUUUCCUAACUGCAUCGGCAGUAUUGACGGAAAGCACGUAAGAAUAAUCUGUCCUGAACACAGUGGAAGUUUGUUUUCAAACUAUAAAAAAUAUUAUUCUAUUGUUCUGUUGGCCAUGUGCGAUUCCGAUUAUCGUUUCACCUAUAUACAUGUAGGUGCAUGUGGAACAGACUCAGACUCUACUAUUUUUAAGGAAAGCACUUUAUUUACGAAAAUAAAUAACGGAGAAAUAAAAUUACCUCCACCAAAACCACUACCUAAUACUACAGAACCACUUCCAUAUAUGAUAAUCGGCGAUUCUGCAUUUGGUAUAUCAAACAAAGUUUUAAGACCUUACGCACGAAGUAAUUUGACAAAAAAAAAGAAGAUUUUUAACUAUAGAAUAAGCCGUGCAAGGAGGUAUAUUGAGUCUACAUUUGGAAUAAUGAGUAAUAAAUUCAAUAUAUUUCAUAGACCAAUGAAUACUGCAUUGCCGAAUACAAUAACAAUCGUAAAGGCUUGUUGCGUUUUGCAUAACUUCAUAAGAGAACGAGAUGGUUACAGAGUAGAAGACACACUAACUGUUGAGGGGUUUCAAGAACUUCAACUCAAUAUGAACAAUAAUAUUGUUAGAACAGGCGAUAUGAUAAGGGAUAAAUUUGCCAAUUAUUUCGUUUCUCCUGAUGGAAGUGUAUCGUGGCAAGAUGCUAGUAUCUUUUAACUUUAAUAAUACAAUCUACAUUAAUAAUAAUACCUUAAUUAUUAAUAAUUUAUAAUAUAUAUAUAAACAA